AUGUCCAGUUUUGCAGUAGAGAUGGAACUAAGAAAGAGAACCAUCGACUAUAACCCCAAAAGAACCAGAUUUCGCAAACAACAUAGAGGAAGAAUGAAAGGAAAAUCCUGCCGAGGCAAUCGUAUUUGUUUUGGUAGAUAUGCUCUUCAAGCACUUGAACCCGCUUGGAUCACGGCGAGACAGAUAGAAGCAGGACGAAGAGCAAUAACACGAUAUGCACGUCGUGGUGGAAAAAUAUGGGUACGUAUAUUUCCCGACAAACCGGUUACACUAAGACCCACGGAAACACGUAUGGGCUCGGGAAAGGGGUCCCCCGAAUAUUGGGUAUCCGUUGUUAAACCUGGUCGUAUACUUUAUGAAAUGGGGGGAGUAUCUGAAACUGUAGCUAGAGCAGCUAUCUCCAUAGCUGCCAGUAAAAUGCCCAUACGAAGUCAAUUUAUUCGAUUAGAGAUAUAG